ACGUUCAGUCAGUUGCGUUUUAUCCACUGUGAGGUUCACAUCGAUAAAAAGACACGAAAAAUUUUAUCCAGCUAAUUUUUUCAUCAAUUUUUUUGUGAAAAAUCACUCAAAAAAGCAAUCAAAUAUGGCAUCCGUUAAAGAUACACUCUUGAAUGAAAUCAACGCUCCCGUCACGACAUCGGGCAACAAAGUCACCAUUGUCGGCAUCGGAGCCGUUGGCAUGGCUUGCGCCUUCAGUAUUUUGACGCAAAACGUUUCGAGCGAAGUCGCCUUGGUCGAUGUUGCUGCCGACAAAUUGCAAGGAGAGUUGUUGGAUUUGCAACACGGCUCGGCAUUCAUGAAAAAUGCUCAUGUCACUGCAAGCACGGACUUUGCCGUGUCUGCGGGCUCCCGUUUGUGCAUCAUCACUGCUGGCGCUCGUCAACGCGAAGGUGAAACUCGCUUGGAUUUGGUGCAACGCAACACAGACAUCCUCAAGGGUAUCGUGCCGCAAUUGGUGAAACACUCACCCGACACCAUUUUGUUGGUUGUCUCAAACCCUUGCGACAUUUUGACUUAUGUCGCAUGGAAAUUGUCUGGUUUGCCAAAACACAAGGUCAUCGGAAGUGGCACGAAUCUCGAUUCAUCACGUUUCCGUUUCUUGUUGUCGCAACGUUUGGGUACCGCUCCAACUUCUGUGCACGGAUGGAUUAUCGGCGAGCAUGGAGACACAAGUGUUCCCGUUUGGUCUGGCGUCAAUGUUGCCGGCGUUCGUUUGCGCGAAAUCAAUCCCAACGUUGGAAGUUCCGAAGAUCCCGAAAAAUGGAAUGAAUUGCACAAGGAAGUCGUUCAAAGCGCCUACGAAGUCAUCCGUUUGAAGGGAUAUACCUCAUGGGCUAUUGGCUUGUCGUGCGCUUCGUUGGCAAACACAAUUUUGCGCAACCAAAAAGCCGUGCAUGCCGUCUCGACACUCAUCAAGGGCGAACACGGCGUCGAAAAUGACGUUUUCUUGUCGUUGCCAUGCGUUUUGGGAGCCAACGGUGUCACGCACAUCGUUCGCCAAUACUUGAACCCGGACGAGGUCAAGGCUUUGCACACAUCUGCCGACUUGAUGCACAAGGUCCAAACUGGAAUUAAAUUUUAAAUUGUUUCUCUCGAUUAUUAUUUUUAAUUUUUAAGACUAAAAAUUGCAAAUUAUUUAUUUUUUUUGUCGAUGAUCGAUCAAUAAGCUAAGCUAAAAGUUAAAAAAAAAAUAUUAAAAUAAUUGGAAUCGCAAAUAAGAAAAUAAAUUUUAUUUUUUAAAAAU